AACACAAGAAGUUGAGCCAAUCAAUAAGUGAGUCAGAGGAGGCAGAGUAUAAAACCCCGGGAGCUCCGGUGCUCCCCACAUCAGCAUCUCCUCUCCUCACUCACCCUUCCUGGUGCUUCAGGGUCCCCUUCCUCCUUAGACAAGAUGUCCCACCAGAAAAAGCAACCCACCCCCUUUCCCCCAGCGGGUUGCGGGAAGACCUCUGGCGGCGGCGGUGGCGGCGGCGGCGGUGGCAGCGGUGGCUGCGGUUUCUAUAGCGGCGGCGGCGGCUCCAGCUGCGGCGGAGGCGGCGGAGGAGGCGGCGGAGGCUGCGGUGGCGGUGGCUCUGGGGGCGGCUCCAGUUGCGGAGGCGGCGGCAGCGGAGGCUCUGGAGGAGGGAUCAAGUACUACGGGGGCGGCGGCGGCUCCAGCUGCGGCGGCGGCUACUCCGGGGGCGGCGGCGGCUCCAGCUGCGGUGGCGGUGGCUCUGGGGGCGGCUCCAGCUGCGGCGGCGGCGGCAGCGGAGGCUCCGGAGGAGGGAUCAAGUACUCCGGGGGCGGCGGCGGCUCCAGCUGCGGCGGCGGGGGUAGCUCUGGAGGCUGCGGCGGCGGCUCGGGAGGAGGCCUCAAGUACUCCGGGGGCGGUGGCUCCUCCGGGGGCGGCGGCGGCUGCUACUCCGGCGGCGGCGGCGGCUCUAGCUGCGGCGGCGGCUCCUCCGGCGGCGGCUGCUCCUCCGGCGGCGGCGGCGGCGGCUCCGGCUGCGGCGGCGGCUCCUCCGGGGGCGGCGGCGGCUCCAGCCAGUACUACCAGUGCCAGAGCUACGGCGGCGGCUCCAGCGGCGGCUCGGGUUGCGGCGGCGGCUACUCCGGCGGCGGCGGCGGCUCCGGCUGCGGCGGCGGCGGCUCUUCCGGCGGCGGCUCCGGCUGCGGCGGCGGCUCUUCCGGCGGCGGCUCCGGCUGCGGCGGCGGCUCCUCCGGGGGCGGCAGCGGCUCCAGCCAGUACUACCAGUGCCAGAGCUACGGCGGCGGCUCCAGCGGCGGCUCCGGGUGCGGCGGCGGCUCCAGCGGCGGCUCCGGGUGCGGCGGGGGCUCCUCCGGCGGCGGCGGCGGCUCCAGCUGCGGCGGGGGCUCCUCCGGCGGCGGCGGCGGCGGCUACUACUCGCAGCAGACCACCCAGGUCUCGUGCGCCCCGCAGCACAGCCACGGCGGCGGCGGCGGCGGCUGCGGCGGCUCCUCCGGGGGCGGCGGCGGCUGCGGCUCCUCCGGGGGCGGCGGCUGCGGCUCCUCCGGGGGCGGCGGCGGCUGCUUCUCCAGCGGCGGGGGCGGCGGCGGCUGCGGCGGUGGUUCCUCCGGAGGCGGCGGCGGCUCCAGCUGCGGCGGUGGCUCCUCCGGGGGUGGCUCUGGGGGCGGCAAGGGCGUCCCUAUCUGCCACCAGACCCAGCAGAAGCAGGCGCCUUCCUGGCCGUGCAAAUAAGGCCCCCAGGCUGCCGCGGAGAAGGAGCUGGAGGUGUUCUCCCGGGCGCCAGCGGGCUUAGCGAUCUCAUGAUGUUGCCGCCUUCCCGAAUCUUCCCGUCUUCACCACCCCACCACGGAAGAAGCCAAGCAGUCCUCAGGCUGCCUCGAAUCAUUCUGCAGCUUUUUUUUCUUGGUUUCUGUAUGACUACCUCCCAACUCCAGUGCCUCCUUCAUCAAUAAAGUUGCAAUUCAUGAGAAUCUCUGGGUCUCCAGCAGU